AGCCAGCUCCACCAACUCCCCCAGCCGCAAACACAGCCAAACCUCCUUCACACACCACACCCGGGCCUAUAUAUACCCCCACAGUAGCCUGCACAUACCUGCCGGUUAUUUUCCGCCCUACUUCUUUCUUCCUUCGCAAUACCACACCCCACAAUUAACAUGGCUGACUCCCUUACCGAGGAGCAAGUCUCCGAGUUCAAGGAAGCAUUCUCCCUCUUCGACAAGGACGGCGAUGGUCAGAUCACCACCAAGGAGCUCGGCACUGUCAUGCGCUCGCUCGGCCAGAACCCCAGCGAGUCUGAGCUGCAGGACAUGAUCAAUGAGGUUGACGCCGACAACAACGGCACCAUUGACUUCCCUGAGUUCCUUACCAUGAUGGCCCGCAAGAUGAAGGACACCGACUCUGAGGAGGAGAUUCGGGAAGCAUUCAAGGUCUUCGACCGCGACAACAACGGCUUCAUUUCCGCUGCCGAGCUGCGUCACGUCAUGACCUCGAUCGGCGAGAAGCUCACCGACGACGAGGUCGAUGAGAUGAUCAGGGAGGCUGACCAGGACGGUGAUGGCCGCAUUGACUACAAUGAGUUCGUCCAGCUCAUGAUGCAGAAAUAACCGGCGGAAACGCAUGUUUGGAUGAUUACGCAUACCAGGACGGUGCCACGGCCGAGAUCUGAUUGCAACGAGUAAUUGAGCGGGGUUUCACAUUUUGGGGCCGAUUCAGUUGCUCGCAAGACCCAGUUUGCUUACUCCUCACCGACGUCUCCGGGAGACGACUCUAUAUCCUCAAUCCAUUUCUCCUGUGCCUUGAA